CUUACUCCGAGCGCCUGUCGCGAGCGCGCCCAACGAGCGCAAACACGCGCAACGCGCUGAGUCGCGCCCUUUACGUAACGCGCGACCACCGCGCGUGCUAUCGAACCUCAUCACAAACGAGAACGGAUAAGGUUUGGAGUGAUAAGCGUUAAGUGUGCUUCGUUUUGGCUUUCGUCGUUUCUGGCUUUAUUUUUGUAAGGAGCUACGGUGCGGCGGGCCGGCGGUGGGCCGCAGAAGCGGUAAUAUCGCAGAUGUGGCACGCGCGACGCAGCAGACAGGAGCGCGCGCUUGCACGCGACGCGGCCACCAACCGGCGCGCCCUCUGAACCACACCAACAUUGGAUUAUUAUACGGUCGGACAUGAAAAAUCUCGCUCCUUUGCUGGCUGUCCCUAUCAGCGAAUACGUGGUAACUUUCAUCUCUCUAGCAGCCGCGACCACACUGCUCUCGUGGACGACAGAAGGGCGACCCGCCCGUAGGUGGUUGGCGGAAGAUCGCGGGCGCAGGGAGUGCCGCCGCGCGCGCUUCCCCCACCACACACACCCGCCCAUUCACUGUUAGCAGUAGGCAGUUCACUCAGUGGGAGUUCGAUAGACAAUGUCCGAAGACUUGGACUCGAUCAGCGAGGAAGAACAAAGUUUGUUCCGACCUUUCACACGAGAGUCACUGGCCGCUAUCGAAGCCCGCAUAGCUGAGGAGCAUGCUAAACAAAAAGAACUUGAGAAAAAACGCGCUGAGGGCGAGACCGAUUUGGGGCGGACGAAAAAGAAAAAAGAAGUGCGUUACGAUGACGAGGACGAAGACGAAGGUCCCCAGCCGGACGCGACCCUGGAGCAGGGGCUGCCGCUGCCCGUGCGGAUGCAGGGCUCCUUCCCACUGGAGCUUGCCUCCACGCCUCUCGAAGACAUCGAUCCUUUUUAUCACAACCAAACCACUUUCGUAGUCAUAAGCAAGGGUAAAGAUAUCUUCAGAUUUUCGGCAACAGACGCAUUAUGGAUGUUGGAUCCGUUUAACCCGAUAAGGAGAGUCGCUAUAUACAUAUUAGUACAUCCUUUGUUCUCUCUGUUCAUCAUUACUACGAUCCUUGUCAAUUGCAUACUAAUGAUAAUGCCUACCACACCGACUGUCGAAAGUACUGAAGUUAUCUUUACGGGAAUCUACACGUUUGAAUCGGCGGUGAAAGUAAUGGCCAGGGGUUUCAUACUACAGCCAUUCACAUACCUUAGAGAUGCAUGGAAUUGGCUUGACUUCGUAGUUAUAGCUUUAGCUUAUGUGACGAUGGGCAUAGAUCUCGGCAACUUGGCCGCUCUCAGAACGUUCAGAGUUCUCCGAGCGUUGAAGACUGUGGCCAUCGUACCGGGAUUGAAGACUAUUGUCGGUGCUGUCAUAGAAUCCGUGAAAAAUCUGCGCGAUGUGAUAAUAUUGACAAUGUUUUCUCUAUCGGUUUUUGCGUUAAUGGGCCUUCAAAUCUACAUGGGAGUGUUAACGCAGAAAUGUAUAAAGAACUUCCCGGAGGAUGGUAGUUGGGGCAAUUUGACUGAUGAAAACUGGGAGCGAUUUUGUCAAAACGAAACGAACUGGUACAGCGAAGACGGAGACUAUCCAUUGUGUGGCAACUCUUCAGGAGCAGGGCAAUGCGAACCAGGCUAUAUAUGUCUUCAAGGCUAUGGACCAAAUCCGAACUAUGGUUACACAAGUUUUGACACCUUUGGCUGGGCAUUUCUUUCCGCUUUCCGACUCAUGACACAGGACUACUGGGAAAAUUUGUAUCAACUGGUACUACGAUCAGCUGGUUCAUGGCACGUGUUGUUCUUCGUGGUGAUCAUCUUCUUGGGCUCGUUCUAUCUCGUGAACUUGAUCUUGGCCAUCGUCGCCAUGUCGUACGACGAGUUGCAGAAGAAAGCCGAAGAAGAGGAACAAGCGGAAGAAGAAGCUCUUAGGGAAGCGGAGCAGAAGGCGGCGGCGCGCGCGGACAAGCAGGAAGCGCGCGAGGCGCACGCGCGCGAGGCGGCCGCCGCAGCCGAGGCCGCCGCGUACGCCGAGGCGCACCCCGCCAAGUCGCCCAGCGACUUCUCGUGCCAGAGCUACGAGCUGUUCGUGAACCAGGAGCGCGGCAACCAGGACGACAACACGCGCGAGCGCAUGUCCCUCCGUAGCGACCCCUUCCAGGACUCGGUGAGCACACAGCCCACGCACAAGCCCGACACGCACGACGCCGCACGCCGACAGAGGAAGGUCAGCAUGGUUCCCCAUCCUGAACGAAUAAAUAAAUACGGACAGUUGUCGUAUGGGCCACUGCGGGAGGGCUCUCAGGCUUCUUUGUCGCUGCCUGGAUCGCCAUUCAAUUUACGGCGAGGUUCACGAGGUUCACACCAAAUGGCUUUACGACCAAAUGGAAGGAAUCGCUAUCCACCAGGAGCUGAUAGGAAACCGCUUGUAUUAUCGACAUAUUUGGACGCACAGGAACAUCUUCCAUAUGCUGAUGAUUCAAACGCAGUAACACCAAUGUCAGAAGAGAAUGGAGCUAUCAUCAUACCGGUUUACUAUGCGAAUUUAGGGUCAAGACAUUCAUCGUACACGUCCCACCAGUCGCGGUUAUCGUACACCUCGCACGGGGACCUCCUCGGAGGGAAAGCGCAGACGAAGGAGGCCCGGCUACGGGGCCGAUCGGCGUCCAGGAACCAUAGCGUUACCUCCCAACCGCACGCCUACCCUCUGCCCAGACAAGACUCGUCGCUGGUAUCUCGACCAUUAAGAGAAUAUGAGGUUAGUACGACCGAGUGUACGGAUGAAGCAGGCAAAGUGUUGAAACAGUCGAAUGAUAACCCGUUCAUAGAAUCUUCGCAGCAGCCAAAUGUUGUGGAUAUGCGAGAUGUAAUGGUGUUGAAUGAAAUAAUCGAACAAGCUGGAAGACAAAGCCGAGCGAGCGAACAAAAUGUGUCAGUAUACUACUUCUCAACAGCCGAAGAUGACGAUGAAGGGCCCACGGUCAAGGAGAGGCUUCUGGAAUGCCUCAUGAAGGGAAUCGACUUCUUCUGUGUGUGGGACUGCUGCUGGUUGUGGCUCGAGUUCCAGAAGUACGUCGCCCUCCUCGUGUUCGAUCCCUUCGUCGAACUGUUUAUCACGCUAUGUAUCGUUGUCAAUACGCUAUUUAUGGCUUUGGAUCAUCACGACAUGGACAAAGAUAUGGAAAGAGCGUUGAAAAGUGGCAAUUACUUCUUCACUGCUACUUUCGGUAUCGAAGCGAUGUUAAAAUUAAUAGCAAUGAGUCCAAAAUUUUACUUCCAAGAGGGUUGGAAUAUAUUUGACUUUAUAAUCGUGGCCUUAUCAUUACUGGAAUUAGGACUUGAAGGUGUUCAGGGUUUGUCAGUUUUACGUUCAUUCAGAUUGCUUCGAGUAUUCAAAUUGGCAAAGUCAUGGCCGACUCUUAAUUUACUCAUCUCUAUAAUGGGUAGGACGAUGGGUGCCUUGGGCAACCUGACCUUCGUAUUGUGCAUCAUUAUUUUCAUAUUUGCCGUGAUGGGUAUGCAACUAUUCGGGAAAAAUUAUGUGGAUUACGUUGAACGUUUCCCCGGAGGUGAACUACCGAGAUGGAACUUUACGGAUUUCAUGCACAGCUUCAUGAUUGUGUUCCGUGUGCUAUGUGGAGAAUGGAUAGAGAGCAUGUGGGACUGCAUGCUUGUGGGAGACGUGUCAUGUAUACCCUUUUUCUUAGCAACCGUCGUCAUUGGCAAUCUUGUGGUACUUAACCUCUUCUUGGCCCUAUUACUGUCAAAUUUCGGAUCAUCAAGUUUAUCCACACCAACUGCCGAUCAGGACACUAAUAAAAUCGCUGAAGCGUUUAACAGAAUAUCAAGAUUCAUUGAUUGGGUAAAAAAGAAUGUCGCCGAUAUAUUAAAACUGGUGAAAAAUAAACUGACCAAUCAGAUAGCGAUACAUGCUCCCGAACGCGUCGACAACGAACUCGAACUGGGCGCCGAUUUAGACGAUGGAGUUCUUUACAAAGAUAAAAAACUAAAAGAUCAAGUAGAAGUGGCCAUCGGAGACGGUAUGGAGUUCACUAUCCCAGGUGACAAUAAAUACAAAAAAGGAAAAAUAUUAAUGAAUAACAUCAACGCUAUUACAGACAACCAUACCGAUAAUCGAAUUAAUUGUGAAAUAAAUCAUCACGGUUAUCCAAUACAGGACGAUGAUACAAUUAGCCAAAAAUCUUAUGGCAGCCAUAAAAUAAGAUCUUUCAAAGACGAAAGCCACAAAGGAUCAGCAGAUACAAUAGAUGGCGAAGAAAAGAAGGACGCCAGUAAAGAAGAGUUGGGACUGGAAGAAGAAAUGAUCGAAGAAGAAGAGGAUGGAAAAUUGGAUGGUUUAGCAAAAAUAGAUAUAAAAGUAGCAGCAGAUGAAGACGUAGUCGAUCUGACGCCAGCUGACUGUUGCCCCGAGCCUUGCUACCAGCGCUUCCCCUUCCUGGCGGGAGACGACGAGUCUCCUUUCUGGCAAGGCUGGGCAACACUCAGACUCAAAACAUUCCGAUUAAUAGAAAACACAUACUUCGAAACGGCUGUGAUAACAAUGAUUUUACUCAGUAGUUUGGCUUUGGCUUUAGAAGACGUUCAUCUGCCACAUCGACCGAUCCUCCAAGAUAUAUUGUAUUACAUGGAUCGUAUAUUCACAGUUAUAUUCUUUAUCGAGAUGUUAAUCAAAUGGCUCGCCCUCGGAUUUCAGAAGUACUUCACGAACGCGUGGUGUUGGCUCGACUUUAUCAUUGUCAUGGUGUCGCUUAUAAACUUCGUUGCGGCGCUUUGUGGCGCUGGUGGCAUCCAAGCAUUCAAAACGAUGCGAACGCUGCGUGCCCUGCGCCCGCUCAGAGCCAUGAGCCGCAUGCAGGGCAUGAGGGUUGUUGUGAACGCGUUGGUGCAAGCUAUCCCAUCCAUCUUCAACGUGCUACUGGUGUGUCUCAUAUUUUGGCUCAUUUUUGCUAUAAUGGGAGUGCAGCUGUUCGCUGGAAAAUACUUCAAGUGCGUUGACAUGAAUCAUACAACUUUAAGCCAUGAAAUAAUUCCGGAUAGAAAUGCCUGCAUAUUGGAAAACUACACUUGGGAAAAUUCACCUAUGAACUUCGAUCACGUCGGCAAAGCAUAUCUUUGCUUAUUUCAAGUAGCCACAUUUAAAGGAUGGAUUCAGAUUAUGAACGAUGCCAUUGAUUCAAGAGAAGUUGGUCGACAACCUAUUCGAGAAACAAACAUUUAUAUGUAUUUAUACUUUGUUUUCUUCAUCAUCUUUGGCUCAUUCUUCACUCUUAACCUAUUCAUUGGUGUGAUCAUCGACAACUUUAACGAACAAAAGAAGAAAGCAGGUGGCAGUCUGGAAAUGUUCAUGACUGAGGAUCAGAAAAAGUAUUAUAACGCCAUGAAAAAGAUGGGUUCCAAGAAACCAUUAAAGGCCAUCCCUAGACCAAGGUGGCGACCGCAAGCGAUAGUAUUCGAAAUUGUAACAGACAAAAAGUUUGAUAUGAUCAUUAUGUUGUUUAUUGGUUUGAACAUGUUGACCAUGACGUUGGAUCAUUAUCAGCAGUCGGAGACGUUCAGCUCGGUCCUCGACUAUCUGAAUAUGAUAUUUAUUGUGAUAUUUAGCUCGGAGUGCCUAUUGAAAAUAUUUGCUUUACGCUACCACUAUUUUGUAGAACCGUGGAAUCUCUUCGAUUUCGUUGUAGUAAUGUUCUCAAUUCUCAGUUUGGUGCUGAGUGAUAUUAUAGAGAAAUAUUUCGUAUCACCUACUCUUUUGAGGGUGGUAAGAGUAGCAAAAGUGGGCAGAGUUCUACGAUUGGUAAAAGGCGCGAAAGGCAUCCGGACAUUACUAUUCGCCUUGGCUAUGUCACUGCCAGCUCUGUUCAAUAUUUGUUUGUUAUUAUUCUUGGUUAUGUUCAUUUUUGCUAUUUUCGGAAUGUCAUUCUUUAUGCACGUAAAGAAUAAGGGUGGAUUGGAUGACGUGUAUAACUUCAAGACAUUCGUGCAGAGUAUGAUUCUGCUCUUCCAGAUGUCAACGUCAGCGGGAUGGGACGGUGUCUUAGAUGGUAUAAUUAAUGAAGAGGAAUGUGAUUUGCCAGACAAUGAACGGGGUUCGCCCGGUAACUGCGGUUCCGCUACUAUCGGCAUUACGUACUUGUUGUCCUACUUGGUCAUCUCUUUCUUGAUCGUUAUCAACAUGUACAUUGCUGUCAUUCUCGAAAACUACUCACAGGCGACGGAAGACGUCCAAGAAGGUUUGACCGACGACGAUUACGACAUGUACUAUGAAAUCUGGCAGAACUUCGAUCCCGAGGGUACCCAGUACAUUCGCUACGAUCAACUGUCCGACUUCCUCGACGUGCUCGAGCCGCCGCUGCAGAUUCACAAACCGAACAAAUACAAGAUCAUCUCCAUGGACAUACCGAUCUGCCGCGGCGACAUGAUGUUCUGCGUGGACAUCCUCGACGCGCUCACGAAGGACUUCUUCGCCCGGAAGGGCAACCCGAUCGAGGAGCCCGGCGACAUCGUCGGGCGGCCCGGCGAGGCGGGCUACGAGCCCGUGUCGUCCACGCUGUGGCGCCAGCGCGAGGAGUACUGCGCGCGGCUCAUCCAGCACGCGUGGCGGCGGCACCGGCGCGCGCAGUCGCCGGGCGGCGCGGACAGCGUCACGGGCGCGCCCACGGCCGUGCUGCUGGACGCGGGCGGCGGCGCGGGCGCGCACCGCGUGGUGCUGCAGGCGGCGGGCGCGGCGCCGCGGCCGCCCGACCCCGCGCCGCCGCGCGCCCGUCUGACCCGCGCUCGCGCUCGCGCUGCUGCCCGCGCUCGUCGACGACGAGCCGCUGCCGCUGCCCGCACCGCUGCCCGAGCUCUUGAGCCCACCCAAGCGCACUUAAUUAUUUUUUACGCUAGAUGUUUACGUAGUGUCGGCGGGCGAGCGAGGAGCGCGGACGAUAGACGGGCGCGCGCUGAGACGCGAGUGUUCAUCCAAGUGUUUUAUAUUCGUGUGGCCGAAGCUUACGAGACGGUUUGUUUUGCGACCGAUGUUCGCGGUUUAUCGAGUUUAUGGUUUAGUGUUUCGCGUCACUUCGGAACGUGUCCUCGGAGAGGAGCUGUGUCCGUUCGGGAGGAUCGUUUUAGCGAGCACGCUAUUUUCGUCACUAGUUCUAUAAGUAUCGGAUGAACUGAUAAAAUUCAAAAUGCUUAUUUUUAUAUUGAAAAUUAUCUCAAUAACCAUGUUAAUUCGAAAGCAGAUUGGGAUCAUAGAUGUAAAUAAUUUAGCGACUGUGAGAUGCUAUUUGCCUUCCCCGAAAUGGUAUCGAAUAGUGGCUAAGUUCGAUGACUUCUUUUAAGUAGGCUGUCGUCCGAAUGCGUCUCGAAUUGAAUUUUAAGCUAAUAAAUCAAUUUGCAGCACGGUAUGUGUGUUGUGACGAAACCUAAGCUCAAAUUGUGGUUCUUAUUAAAAUAUUUACGAGACAAAUUUUGGCACCAGAACGGUAUGUCAUAAAACCAUUACCUCCAUUCGUCCGAUUCGACAGACAUUGACGAAUCGAAUCUUUACCUACGCUUAAAAAAAACAAUGGCUACGGCAAUUCAUAUCAAUUGUGUCCAUGAUAGUUUUAAUAGUUCCAAAUUUAAGCUUCUUAUUGUAUCGAACAACGUAACGUCUAACCUUUCAUGUCGAGGUCGGUCGCCUCAGAGAUAAAGAAAUUUAGAAAAAUUUUGCUACAUUGUCUUUAUAAGCUUAGCAAAUCAGCAGUGAAAUUGGUACCAGAGUUCACUUCCGUCCUAAUUCAAUCGCAUCAUAGGAAUCGAGCCAUUUUACGUAAUGCGCACCUUGUUCGUAGUUAAUGUAAUUAAUUUCCUUCCCCUCAAUUACAUUAGCUGCGGCGUGUGUGCGGCGCCGCGCGGCUCCCCACGCCGCGGCCCGCGCCACGCGCUAGUUCAACUAUCGCACGAGCAGGACAGGCAUUGCACAUGUACCCUGCUCAUUGUUCUAUUGAAAUCGUGAAGCCUAUUCCUUGCGAUACUUCAUGGACAUUAAAACAAUGAACGUGUACGCACGGUGACAACUCGACUGACUCCGCGCUAGUGAGAUAUUUCAACUAACAAACCUUUAUCUGAUUACCAGCUGGCUGGUAUUGCUUUGAUGUAUAUUGUUCUUGCACACCGUUUUAACUAUUAUCUGGUUAUGUGCAUCAAUCAUUGUCGAGCGAACCGAUUCGGCUAUCUGAAAGACAUGACCGUAAUUAUUAGCAAUAAGAUUAUUAUUGAUAUACCUAAGAUAUCGAACGUCCCUUACCGAGUAAGGUAGAUUAUUAAAGAAUUUUAAUUUUUGACAUCUCUGUGUUUAAAACAGAUAACUACGAUUAGAAAAUCAAUAAAUCGUAACCCAUCGUCCUAGUGACGUGACUCCUCGAUUAGUUAAAGGUAGAAUUCCGACAGUAUUGUCUCUUCUAGCACAAUAAAAUAAAGAAUGAAUUAAGGAAGUUUGUAAAUUAUCUUGGAGUGGUCAAUUUUUUUACUUCUGUGUAAAUAUAAAAUGCUUACCGCCGGGAGGAGCCCGACCUGCACCUCGCCACACUUAUUUUAUCAUGUAACUAUUGUUAUGAGCGAGUCGCGCAGCGAUACGUAAUAAGCUUCAAGCAAUAACAUUAACGUGUGCUCGAGUUUCGCUUUUUAUUACGAAACUGUCACUGAAUCGUUGUGUGUUGGUUGUUUUCAUUCGUUUUUACAAUGCGUGAAAAAAAAACGUGCUAGAUGAUUUACAUAUUGCAAGAGUCGAUGUAAUGUAAAGUUAUUAAAUGAGACGCUUAACCUUUUGCACAUAUUUUGAAAUAAUAAUUACGGUUACAGAUAACAAAUAUGUAGAUACUUUUGUAAAAGCUGCACGGAACGUGGGCUGUCGAAAUUCCCCAUCGCUUGCACACGUUUCGUGCCAACAGACAAAUAUUUAAAUUACUUCAGUUUACGUUAAAUUGCUGUAUUGGACAACAUCAUCGUCGUGUUCAAACGUUUGAGGUUGGAGUCGAAGAAAAUUAUUUAGUCCUUACCUUAAUUUUCGGUUAUAUAUUCGAUCAAAUACCUACCAACCGAACAGUGUAAAUGUAGAGAACAAUUUGGUGGUACCUAGAUAUUAGAUAAUUUGUUAUCAGACGUACACAGUAAAAUUUCUACUGUAUCACACAUUUUAGUAGAUCAAAAUAUGUUUACUUGUAAAAAUGUGAAGCUGCUUUUCUGCGACAUAGAUAUCCACGAAGUAUGUAGUAAAGCGUAAACUCUACUUGGACUAAAUAAUUUUCUUCUCUCAAGAAGUAUAAAGUAUAUUUUUGUUGAUGAUUACUGAAUGUAAAUCUAAUUGUGUUGGUAAAACCAAACAUUUUAUCUACUAUUAGGCAUAUUGGCACAAAAAAGUUGUGUUUAAUUAAGUUUAGACAAUAAGUUAUGAUAUCAUUGUAUUAUUUCUUUAAAUAAAACUUAUGACAAAAAGUGAGUUCAGUUUGCUGAAUGAGAGGUUUAAUUGAGUAUUUAUUAUAUUAUAUAUAUUGUUGAAGUUUGUACAAAAUAAAUUAAGUAAACGAUAAAAUAUAGAACUUGACUGCUUUA